GAGGUAUUCCCUCCACAGAAUAUAACCUGACUCAUAGCGAGAAUCUCCAGUAAAACCACGGAAGUAACAGUCUAGCCGGGUAACGACGAAAUAUAAGUCACAACUUCACUGGAACUACUGUGUAUCCCACAAAACCGUCAAACUGGCUUCCAAAAUGUUUACAUCUCGAGAGGAGGACUCAAGCUACACGACCGAGUCCAAAUACGUGGCCGACAUUCUGUCGUCCAUGGCAAAUGGCGAGCCCGUCACCCCUAAUUACUCGUUGCCAGGGUAUCUGAGCGGGGUGACAACGGCCACCACGCCCACCCUGACCCCGACAACCCUUGCCAGUAUUGAGCGCACAUUCAUCGAGCUCCAAUCGGUGCCGGUCAGCUCGGCAAGCCAGGACCCUCUCACCCAAAGUGGCUUCGUCCCCCCUAUCGUCGACCCCGUGUCGCAGGAACACUCUCACGACGGUUACGACUACAGCGAUUCCAACUCCGACCAAGAAUGGCUCACCUCAGCCAAACGGCCAUACUCCGACGUCGAUGGAAAUACACCAUCGUACCAAGGUGGAUCCGGACGCAAAAGAAGACGUUUUGACGAUAAGGAUUUAACUCCGGAAGAGAGCGAGCGCCGCCGAGUCCGCCGAGAGAGAAAUAAGGUUGCCGCUGCUAAAUGUAGACAACGACGUGUUGACCAUACAAACCAACUUGUCGAUGAGACUGACAAGCUGGAGAGUGAGAGGAGUGUCCUGGAGAGUGAGAUCCAGAGCUUGCAGCAGCAGAAGGACCAGCUUGAGUUCAUCCUACAGGCUCACCAGCCUCUCUGCAAGGUCGAGUCCGCCAUCAACAUGAAAGUGGACACAGUUAAGGUGAAGACUGAGCCCCACAGCCAUGUUAACUGUGCAGCUAGAAGUUCAGACUCGAAGUUCUCAACCCCCAACACCCACAGACCCAACUCUCUGUCCCUCGUCAAACAGGAGAAGAAGUCUGUGGCCGGAGUUCCAAUCAGCACGCCUUCCAAUGGCCUGUUCUCCUUCAACGGAUUAGAUAGUUUAGUGGAUGGAGGCACGGGUUUGACGCCAGUCUCGACAUCGUGUGCAAGCCAGGCUCAUCGCAGCUCCAGCGAGAGCGGCUCCGAAGCUGUUGGUUCACCUACACUCAUUUCAUUGUAAGGACUUCCCUCAUCUUUAUUUUACCUCAUCAUUGAGCCAGUAUGACUUUGCCUUUACCCCAUCCGAGGUUUUCCCGGAGGGGGUCAGCUGACUGGGUUCUGUGUCCUCGUGUCGGUGUGGCGGACGUAUGCACGGAGAGAGACGGACGCGCGGAAGUGCCUCCGCGACAGCCUCUCCACACCCAGCCUUGCCGUAUUCAUACGCUUUUGUACGGAUUUCUAAUACAUUUUGUACGACUCUUACAUGUGGACAAUGCUUCAUGGUUCCUGGCUGGCCUUUUAUGGUAGCCUCAAUGGACUUUAUAUGUAUGUCAUGGACAGAUAUUUAUUUUCCACGUUGACCUCGCGGUUUCUGUGAAGAUCGGGUGCAAGUGUAAUACAAAGACUGAGAAAGAGGGACUCAAUUAUAUAUUUCUGUGAACAUGGGAACAGAUUCGUGCUGGUCACGUGACAAUUUGGUGCUGCGCAUGUUUUUAUAUCAUGAAUAUGAAGUAUCACGUCUAGGGCUUUUAUUAUGUUCUUUUCAUCUUUGUUUAUAGAAAAAAUGAGACAAUUAAAUUAUUGUCAUAUGCUGAAAA